AUGGUGCCGUUUCUAGUUCGCCUGAACUGUGUCGACCACUAUCAGGCGACCCCUUCAGAGAUUGAUCCUCCUCUCCCAUACGGGGUUGGAGCUUCCAAAGACUACGAUAACGACAGGCUUAUGGUGCCCAUAAUCCGUGUGUUUGGGUCCACGGAAACUGGCCAGAAGGUCUGCGCUCAUGUCCACGGUGCUUUUCCUUACUUGUAUAUCGAAUAUGACGGUGCCUUGGAUCCAGAGACAGUGAGAGUAGCCAUCCGGAGUUUUCAUCUCUCAAUCGACCAUGCCCUGGCAGCUAGCUACCAUCUAGGCGCUAACGACAGGAAGGCGAAGUUUGUCGCUCAUAUUACACUAAUCAAGGGUAUUCCGUUUUAUGGGUAUUAUGUUGGAUACCGGUUCUUCCUAAAAACUUAUCUGUUGGAUCCCUCUUAUGUCACCCGACUUGCAGACCUUCUCCUUCAGGGAUCUGUAAUGGAGCGCCCUUUCCAGCCCUACGAAAGUCAUUUACAAUACAUUCCACAGUGGAUGUGCGACUAUAAUUUGUACGGCUGUGCAUAUAUGAAGUGCAGUAAAGUCAUGUUUCGGUCGCCUGUUCCGGAAAGCCAGGGACUGGUUAACACGUCUCACCGUUGGCACGAUCAAUCAAUUCACCCUGACAUUAUAUGUGAUGAAUUUGCUUUCCCGAGGCAGAGCCAUUGCAGUUUGGAGGUAGAUGUCUGUGUCCAGGAUAUCUUAAACAGACUGGACGUUAAAGAGCGGCCCCUGCACCAUGAUUUUACUGAGUUCCUGGAUCCGCCUACUUCUGGCGAGAGGCUCGUUCCCAGCAUGGCUGGGCUGUGGCAAGAUGAAACUCGCAGGCGGAGGAAGCGCCUUGGCAUUGUUGACCCACAAAGCAAUCCGUUUGAUCCAGAAGAUCUCAUUUCAAUGUCAGUCGGAACAAGAGACCAUUCAAAUGGCAAGUGGGCCCAUGAGGAAGAAUACCGUCAAAUGGUGUCUCAGAUUGCUUCCAGGGAGAGGCUCCAGAACUCCAGUGGCGGAGUCAUGUCGUUCAAAGACUUUGUGAAGAGCAAGUCAUUUGAAGAACAGAUCAAAACGGCUUCAAACAGCGUUGGGGACUUUUUCAACCAGAAGCAAGGGAAGUCUGAUUUUGAAUUACACCAGGUUCAAGACGGCUGUAAACAAGGGGAGACCAAUACCCUGGCUAAUGAACAAGUAGCAGUAUCUUUCGGGUAUAGUGAGACGAAUUCUUACUCGGACGAUGAUUGCUUUUCCUGCUUAUCUUCCCAUAGUGCGGAUAAAGAAGAGAAGAUAAAUUACUUGAUAGAUGACCAGUUAGGUAUUCAUGCAGUUAAGACGAGCUUGAAUUCUAACAAGAAAAACACAUCGAGCUUUGCUAAACGGUCGCUCUAUGAAGUGCCUGACUAUGCACCUGCGAAGAAAAAAUUAAGGCUUGGUAAGGAACAUGGGCGUCUCGAAUCUGACAAGAUUACCCUUCAAGAAGAGCGAAUCAGAAGCAGUACUCAUCACGAUGUGCUCGACGGUGCUUCGAGAAAGUCACCUUCGGACCGCGCGUCUUUACUCUUGCAAAAUACCGCUCAUUCAAGGAUCAGCAGACAAAACCAGCGGCUUAAUUUUCCCGUUGUCAAAGAUCCUUAUGACCCUAUGACGGUCCGGAGGUUUACCCAAGAACAAGCUCAUAAUCUGAGCAUAGUCCUGGAUGCUUCUCAAACUUUGAUUAAAUCUCCUCUUAUAAAGUCCGACAUGCCUACUUCAAAUGACGAGAGAGAUGGUGAAAAUAUAUCUGAGCUACAACCUCUUUCUGCUAGCUUGGAAUCAACUAUUUCUGACCCUUAUAUACAUGAAAUAGCGGCAAAAGUCUGUGAUGCUUUCACUAUACCUUCAAAUCGGCGUGUGUAUUGUUUUCGCCGCUCCUGUCCUGUUCCGUCCGAAGCACCUUCUGCGAUCUACUCGAAGGCUCACUAUAGUGACGAAAACGACGUGCCAGAACGUCCGCGUGAAUAUGCUGGUCGCGAGUUCCAGUUGCAGGGCAGCACAAUACAUUAUCUACCAGAUUUCGACCCAUCAGGACGGUCGUUUACAACACUUGACGAUCAACUUUCAAUGCCUAAUAACCGAGAUAUCCAGGCAAAACUAGACAGGCAAUUACGAGAAUCCCUACACCGUCGGGUAUGGGAGUUUGUUCCUGUUCCACCCAGUCGUUCUGAGGUCAUAGAAUGGUUUGAAAAUGUGCAGCGAAAGCCUGAAACCAUUAAGCAGGCUGAAAUCAUGAACCCGAAGGAUAGGCAUGCCGACCAGGGAACAAAACCUAGUGUACUUUCGCAAAUAGAAGCCCUUACCCAGAAUAGCGGCCAUGAUACCCACUCACAGAAUAAAGUAUCUACGAGUGUCGAGCAUGAGGUUCACUAUAUGAGCACAAUGAGUUUGGAAAUCCAUGUGAAUACUCGGGGGGUACUUGUGCCAAAUCCGGAGGAGGAUGAAGUUACAUGUGUUUUUUGGUGCUUCCACUCGGAAAAUGAAAACAUUGCUACCAAUGGCAAGAUCCCAAAGUCUCGUGUGGGAAUGAUAUUUCAUGACCGGCCAGAAGUGAAAGCUUCUAACACAUUGAAAAUUGACCUUGCAUAUGAACCGACUGAGCUGGAUUUGUUUACCAGAUUGGUCGAAAUCGUCAGAUUCUACGACCCAGAUAUCCUUACAGGCUAUGAGGUUCACAGUAGCUCUUGGGGUUACUUGAUUGAAAGGGCAAAAAAGCAAUACGAUUACGAUAUGUGCAAUGAACUAUCUAGGGUCAAGUCAAAGGCACAAGGGAGGUUUGGAAAGGAUUCAGAUCGCUGGGGCUUUACCCAUUCAUCUUCUAUUCGGAUAGUCGGUCGACAUAUGAUUAACAUCUGGCGCGCUAUGAGGAGCGAGUUGAAUCUACUCCAGUACACUAUGGAGAACGUUGUCUUCCAUGUCUUGCGUCGCAGGAUCCCUCACUAUUCAUUCCAAGGCCUUACUUCUUGGUACCAAAGUGGGAACAUUCGAAAUCGGUUCAAAGUUAUCGACUACUUCCUCUCUCGUGUACAAAUGGACAUCAAAAUCCUCGACUCGAACGAGUUGAUAUCGCGGACAAGCGAGCAGGCCAGAUUGCUUGGCAUCGAUUUUCUCUCGGUUUUCUCCCGUGGCUCUCAAUUCAAGGUCGAAUCCUUAAUGUUUCGAAUCGCGAAGCCCGAGAAUUUUAUCCUGCCCUCCCCAAGUAGGAAGCAGGUAGGCCAGCAGAAUGCUCUCGAAUGCUUGCCGUUGGUUAUGGAGCCGCAGAGCGGUUUCUACACAAGUCCUCUCCUUGUGUUGGAUUUUCAGUCGUUAUACCCAAGUGUCAUGAUCGCCUAUAACUACUGCUAUUCUACUUUCCUCGGGAGGGUUUCAUCCUGGAAGGGCCGGGACAAAAUGGGGUUUUCAGAUUACAAAAGACAACCGCUGAUGUUGGAGCUACUCCGCGACAAAAUAAACAUCGCGCCAAAUGGAAUGAUGUACACGAAGCCGGCGGUACGGAGGUCGCUUCUUGCAAGGAUGCUCUCCGAGAUUCUUGAGACUCGUGUUAUGUUGAAAACUGGCAUGAAGGCAGACAAGGAUGAUAAGAUCUUGCAACGUCUUCUUAACCACAGACAGCUUGCACUCAAGUUGAUUGCCAACGUGACAUACGGUUAUACCUCGGCGACAUUCUCUGGCCGUAUGCCUUGCUCGGAGAUUGCUGACAGCAUUGUCCAAUCCGGACGGGAAAUCCUUGAGAAAGCCAUUGACUUUAUCCAUUCAAAUGAUCGAUGGAGCGCCGAGGUCGUAUAUGGGGACACAGACAGUCUUUUCGUUUACCUCAAAGGACGAACCAGAGAAGAAGCCUUUGAUAUAGGCGAAGAGAUCGCGGAAGCUAUAACUCAGAUGAAUCCUCGUCCGGUGAAGUUGAAAUUCGAAAAAGUAUACCAUCCUUGCGUUCUGCUUGCCAAGAAGCGAUAUGUCGGCUUCAAGUAUGAACAUCGAAAUCAGAAAGAGCCUGAAUUUGACGCGAAGGGGAUUGAAACGGUCCGGCGUGACGGUACACCGGCGGAACAGAAAAUCGAGGAAAACAUGCUCAAGAUUCUCUUCAAAACAACAGACCUUAGCCAAGUCAAAUGCUACUUUCAAAACCAAUGCGCCAAGAUCAUGCGGGGAAACGUGCCCAUCCAGGACUUCUGUUUCGCGAGGGAAGUAAGACUUGGGGCAUAUAGCGAGCGUGGUCCACUUCCCCCAGGAGCGAUGAUAAGCACGAAGAAGAUGCUUGAGGAUCCUCGUUCGGAGCCCCAAUACGGUGAACGCGUCCCUUACGUCGUCAUCACGGGCCCUCCUGGGUCAAGACUUGUCGAUCGCUGUGUUGACCCGGAAACCCUCAUCCACAAUGCCCAAAUCGAACUCGACUCUGAGUACUAUAUCACCAAGAAUAUCAUCCCCCCAGUUGAACGGAUCUUCAAUCUCGUCGGUGCAAACGUCCGUCAGUGGUAUGACGAGAUGCCUAAAUUCUAUAGCGCCCGUCGUGUGGAAGGCACAACCACCAUCGCAACCACGACCACUAUUAGCGAAGAGGAAGGGGGAGGAGGCGGCGGCGGAAGGACGACAGCAAAAAAGUACCUCAAAAAGACGCUAGAGUCAUACAUGAAAUCAUCCUCAUGUAUUGUCUGCAAAGUCCAAAGACUCGAGGACAUCGACAUCCCCAUUUGCAACGACUGCAUGGCUCAGCCGCAUACUUCUUUGUUGAACCUUGUCGCCCGUCAGCAACGAGAGGAGAGGCUUGUCAAGGACCUCCACGAUGUCUGCCGAUCUUGUGCGGGUGUGCCAUUCAGCGACGACGUCAAAUGCGAUAGCAAGGACUGCCCUAUCUUCUAUUCGCGGUCUAGGCAUAUCUCUAGAUGGGAGUACACUAAGACAUCUCUGGAUCCGGUUAUCGAAUUCCUCCGAUAUAGAAGCAAUCGUCAUCUCUUGGAUUGGUAG